AAAGUGGGCCAGCCAGCGAAGGGAGAGACACAAGAAGAACAGACCUUCCAAUCCUCUUUGGUCGAACUGGAAUAAUACCCAAAUCUGAUUCUAGAAAACAUUUUGUAAUACACUGAGAACCAAACAUGAGAGGAGCAUCCUAUUCCCAGAAAUCCCAGUCAAUGCAGGUGAGUGGCUCUCGAAGCAGUAUGCGAGUCCAGAGCCCCUCUCCGUCCCGGUGCCGUGGUUCCUCGUACAACCGCGGACGCUCCGGAUACCAGGGCGGCAACAUUUCAUCCGCUGUGGAAGUCGGCACAGAGAUACACCAGCUGCACGCCAAUGAGAAGGAGGAGAUGCAGGAGCUGAACGUGAGGUUUGCCGGGUACAUUGAGAAGGUCCAGGCCCUUGAACAGAGGAACGCACAGCUGAUGGCCGAGCUCGCUGCGCUUCAGGGUCGCUUCAAGGGAGGACCCACCGGCAUCGGAGAGGAGUACGACCUCAAGUUUAAGGAGAUUAGGGAGCUGAUCGAAGCCUUGACCAAUGAGAAAGGAGCUGCCGACAUUGAGAGAGGAUACAUCGAGGAGGAGGUUGAGGUGUGGAGGCUGAAACUGGAAGAGGAGAUGGCACUAAAAGAGGAAGCCGAGAUGAUCCUGAGAGAAUUCCGUCAAGAUGUAGACAAUGCCACCCUGCAGAAAGCAGAGCUUGAGAAGCGCAUCGAACAGCUGGUGGCUGAGAUCGAGUUUCUCAAGAAGCUGCACGAUGAGGAAGUUGCCGACCUCAUGAAGCAGAUCGAGGAAUCCAAGGUGACAGCGGAAAUUGAUGGAGACCGUCCCGAUUUGGCUGCAUAUCUCCGCAACAUGCGAGCCGAGAUAGAGUCUGUGGCGGCCAAGAACGUCCAGGAAGCCGAAAAGUGGUACAAGGGCAAGUUUGAAACCCUCAAAGAGGUCGCUGGCAAGAAAGAAGAACAGAUGAAGAUCAUGAAAGAAGAGAUCACCACUUUCCACAACCAAGUGACAGACCUCCAGAACCAGAUAGAUGGGCUGAGGGCACGCAACGCAGCCCUGGAGCAGCAGCUGGAAGACAUGGAGAUGGCCCACAUGGAUAAGGUCGGGGGCCUGGAGGGCAUCAUUGCCCAGCUGGAGAACCAACUCUGCGAGACUAAACUGGAGAUGGGCAAGUACCUGGCUGACUACCAGGAGCUGCUUCACAUUAAGCUGAAGCUGGACGCUGAGAUUGCAGUCUACAGGAAGCUGCUGGAGGGAGAGGAGAGCAGGCUGGGGAUCUCAGCAGGAAAAGUGACUGAAGCUUAAAAGGAGCUGAUGACCACCUCCACGUCCCAGUGUGGAGCCACACAGCUGCCAGACUGUCUGUCUGAGCCCCUACCGUCACCUCCAACCUGGCCACACCACCAAGACUUACCUGCCCCGUCUACUUCUCCCUCCCAGACCCAAGCAUUUCAACCCUCUUUACCUUCAUCAUCCUCUCCAAUCAAAAACUCUGCUUUUCCCCAAACGACCAGUCGCCCCUCCCAGUGUGGUUAACUCCUCAAACAAAACAUCCCCAUCAUUUUAAUUUAAACCCCAGGCCCAAAUCAUUUCAUGUAACAUUACUGAAGACAUUUACAUAAAUGUAAACAAAGUACUACUUAAUAAAUAAAGCUUGACUUGAGUGCAUAAAGCA